CCCUUAUCGCUACGCGCUCUUCUCUCCGUGGUAGUAGCCCAUACACUCUCUAACCCCCUCCAAAACGCUGCGGCAAUGGCGCUUCUCUCCACCGCACUUUCCCCCACCGUGGCGUACCUCUCCGCCCCUUCCCCCCACGCGCGCUCCCCUCGCCUCGUCGCUCCCACCUCCCUCCGCUUCUCCUCCCAUGGCGCCGCCGCUGCGAAGCUCGUCUUCGCGGCCUCGGCCAAAGCCGCUUCUCUCCGCACCAGGGAGGUUGCGAAGGAGGCGGAGGAGGAUGAGGAGGAGGAGGAGGAGGAGGAGGAGCUCGAGCAGGUUAACAUCGCCGAUGAUGUCACCCAGUUAAUCGGGAGAACGCCGAUGAUAUAUCUUAACAAGGUCGUUGAAGGUUGUGUGGCCAAUGUUGCCGCAAAACUCGAGUCUAUGGAACCCUGCCGAAGUGUCAAAGACAGGAUUGGAUGUAGCAUGAUAAAUGAUGCGGAAAAUAGGGGUUUAAUAUCUCCAAGGAAGACUAUUUUGGUAGAGCCAACUACUGGAAACACGGGCGUUGGUAUUGCUUUUGUCGCUGCUGCUCGAGGUUACAAGCUAAUAGUAACUAUGCCUGCAUCAAUAGAUAUAGAGAGGCGAAUCCUUCUACGUGCAUUUGGAGCAGAGAUCGUUUUAACUGAUCCAGCCAAAGGGCUAAAAGGAGCAGUUGAUAAAGCUGAAGAAAUUGUUCGUGACACACCAAAUGCGUUUAUGUUUCAGCAGUUUGACAAUUUAGCUAACACCAAGAUCCACUUUGAAACCACAGGCCCAGAAAUAUGGGAGGACACAAUGGGUGGUGUCGACAUAUUUAUUGCAAGCAUUGGGACUGGUGGUACUAUAACAGGUGCUGGGCGCUUUUUGAAGAAAAUGAACAGAGACAUCAAGAUAAUCGGAGUAGAGCCUGCUGAAACUAGUGUAAUCUCUGGAGAAAACCCAGGCUAUGUUCCAAGCAUUUUGGAUGUCGCGCUGCUUGAUGAAGUUGUGAAGAUCAGCACUGCUGAAGCUGUUGAAGUUGCAAGGACCCUGGCAUUAAAGGAGGGCUUGCUGGUUGGCAUAUCUUCAGGUGCUGCUGCAGCGGCUGCUAUCCAUGUGGCAAAGAGACCUGAAAAUGCUGGAAAGUUAAUAGCGGUCGUUUUCCCAAGCUUUGGAGAGAGAUACAUAUCCACUGUUCUCUUCCAUCCCAUAUAUGAGGAAGUUAGGAAAAUGCGGAAGAGAUAAAACUUUUGCCCACACCAAUGGAGCGGGUACACUUAUUCAUGAGAACAUCCCGAGAAUUGGUGAAGUUUCAGAGGCCUACUGCUAUUGAUAUUCCGACCUGGGGCCGAGUUCUUUUUUAACUCAUUGAAGCAGUUAUUUUUUGACUGCUCUCAUCUUCAGAGGUGAGAAACCCUAGCCUCUUCUGCCCCGCUGUCGAAACAGGCCGCCUGGAAAGAAGGAUCUGGAUUAGUAAAUCUUUGCAGUAGUUCUUCUUUUCUUCUUACUUUUCGGCAAAACUGUUGGAAGAAUUUCUUACAGAAGCAUUGUAACUUAGUUCCGGAAAGGUGAAAGUUUCAAUUUCAUGGUAGUUUUGGUUUUAAAGGAUUACAAAGUUGCCAUAUGUUUUGUAUUGAGUGAGCUAUUUCUGUCCUGAUAGACAAAUCCUGCUUCUUUGUUA